AUGGCCCGUCUCCCUCCCGCCGAAAAGCUUCCCCUCGCGCUCCGGAAGAAUGUCCGUGACGAGUGGGAGAACAACAAAGCCGACCUCGAGGCGCAGCUCUCGGAUGUCCUUGGCGCUCCCUGGACCAUUGAACUGAACCCUCUCGCCAUCUGGCCCUACCACAAUGACGGCUACGCCAAGGAGUCGCUUGGUAGCUGUAUCAAAGCCUACAUCGAAGGCGCCAUCUACACACUCAAGUACCAAGCUGGCAAGGGCGGCGACGCUUUCAAGAACGAGGUCAACACCAUCUGCCACGCCCACGUCCUAACCCUUGACGUCGAGACCGAGCAGCCCGCCCGCUUCUCCUACGCCGGCUGUGACGUCGACGAUGCCGGCCGCCUGAGCCUGCUUUUCACCGAGAAGAAUCUCGGCAGCAACAUCGACUCCUGCUGCGAGGAGAGCACACUGACCAAGGCCCUCAACGCGGCACCGAGCCCCAGCGGUGUGCCUUUGUCCUACCUAGUGCGCAUGGGCAUCCACAACGACUACGACACACAGAUCGUCGCCAUCCGCGAGCAAAUCGCCACACUUCUCGAUAAGCCCGUCGAGGCAGUCACCCUCACCCCCAACUUUGAGGCGAACUUCGCCGCUCUCUCCGCCUCUUCGUCGUCUUCGCUGCGUGACGACUGGCAGCGUGUCCUGCCCGAUUUUACGCGGGCGUACUUUGACGCAUUGGCGUACCAGCUCAAGUAUAUCAAGACGGGCGAAGAUGAGAUGAUCCGCGAGGGCGUUCUGGAGGCUGUCAGCACCAACGAGUAUGCGUUCCGGGUGGUGGAGAAGCUCAAGAAGGAGACGUACAAUGAGUGCGAGAUCGAGGACGGGGUGUUGUACCUGCAAACCACACCGGAGUAUUUCGGGUCCAAUAUUGACCAGAUCGCGAGCAAGCUGAUGGAUUUGUUGUAA